AUGAGGGAGUUUUUCUUCUGCCAUAGGAAGGUGCCGCCGAUGCCGCCGGAGGCGAGGCACAAUCGGAGGGCGGAGGAGCCGCUCAUCCGCUGGAUGCACAUGGACAUCAGAGACACGGAUACCCUCAGGGACACGCGCCUGGACAUGAGUAGCACGGGCAUCGCGUCCGCUGGGUGCGCGUGGACGUCCAACGGCAGGUGGCUGCUGGGGCUGGCGAUCAAGUACGGGCUCCACCCGCUGGCUGUCGAGGACGUGCUCGACCGGAGCCCGACCAAGUUCGACCGCUUCGGGCAGCACUUCUUCAUAACCCUGGAGAAGCUCUUCCUCGCCUCUGCCGACCAGAAGGGGAGCCAGCUCCGGGGCAAGCCCGUCGCCCUCGGCGCCUCGCACCUGGCGAUCUUCUGCGCCGGGCCGCCGCACUAC